GCGCUCGGCUCAGCCGUGCCCAGGGCCGCUGCUGGGCCGACCGGCGCGUGCGGGAGGGCAUCGCGUGCGCCCGCGCUGGCGACCACGGCGGGGCGUUGGAGCGCUACGAUGCGGCCCUGGAGCUGUGCCCGCGCCACAAGGAGGGCCUCGUGGGGCGCGGCGCGGCGCUGGUCAACGUGGGCCGGCUCCUGGAGGCCGUGAGGGACUUCGACGAGGCGCUGCGGCUCGCUCCGGGGGACGCCAACGCGACAAGGUACCGGUCCAUCGCCUGCCUGCGCCUGCGGGAGGAGCCGCCGGCAGCGGGCUGCAGGUCCUGUCUGCAGCCGCUGCGGCUCGAAGGCAUUCGGGCUGUCCUAUCUCGCAGGGCUCUGAUGGGGCAGAGGCUUGGCACGGGUGGCUUGUCGGAGGCUGCGGAGAACAGGUGCCACCCGUGCGGGCCGUGCUACGUCGGGAAGCCGACGUCCGUGAGAUCCGCGGACGGACGCCAGAGGAACGCCUCCGUCGGUUUCUCCGUGCAGGACGACGCCCCCGCGGGCGACGCGGGCGACCGCUGGGGCGCGACGCAGCAGCGCGUCGCGAAGCGGAAGGGCACGCCCUUUGCGGAGUUGCGGAGCCCGAGCCCCGAGUCCGCCGGCUCCACGGCACGAGCCCCUGCGGCUUCGGCUCCGACCCGACCAGGUCCAACCCGUCCGGGCCGGACAGCAUGCAGGUCGGCGGCGGAGGCGCGGCCGCGGGCGGGGGCAAGGACGACGCCCUGGUCGGGCCGCCGGCCGGGCUCGGCCUGGGCGCCCUGA